UGAAUUUGUUGACGGUGCCUUGAAGCUCCCUGUAGGAAGUCAGAGCAGGUCAGGAAACAUUGAGCAGUUGUUACCUGACAAACCUGCAGCCUGCUCCUGAACACAUCACCAAAGAGACAGAGAAGAGGGGAACAGGGGCUCCCCCGUGACAAGAGUCCCUACAGAUGGAGGACGGAGCGGGGAACCGGCCCGGCACCUCCGGGUCCCAGAAAAAAGAGGGUGUUGCAACCAAAAAACCCCGAAAAAGGAAUGAGGAACAAGGAUCAGCUAAUCCGAGCAAGAAAGCUCAAGGAGAGAGGAGGAGGAGGAGACAACCGAGGAGAAAGAAGAGCUCAAACGUAAAAGAAGAAAAAGCAUGGAUGGAGGUCGUGGAGACAGCAAACAGUGUCCCUGUAGAAACACAACAUGCGGGGACCCGAACAGAAGAAGACAACUCGCACACCGUGGAAAAGAGUCGAGAACAACAGCAUAAAGUUGGUGCAAAGAUGGUGCAAGCUCAGACCCAAACAGGAAGACUUAAAGCCACAGACAGAUCCACACAAACUCCAGUCGCUUGUCAGAGCGACCAGGAAACACAGACGGACUUCUCUGAGCCAAAACAAGACGACACAAACCAUGACGAGGCUCAACAGCGAAAACAAGACGACACAAACCAUGACGAGGCUCAACAGCGAAAACAAGACGACACAAACCAUGACAAGGCUCAACCUGCUGCUGAGUCACAGCGAAAACAAGACGAACAGGAGUCAAACAAGACAAUGAAAGAAAACCCGGACAAUGAUGGAGCGUCAUCAGGCUCAGUCACGGAGCAAAAGCUCAAGAAAGAGUCAAAGUCUGAGGAGGAGAAUCCGUCUGCAGGAACCUCGGGUCAGCCCGAAGACGCCCAGGCUGAAAAAGAUGCCAAACUAAAGUCUUACGCACAAGUUCUGUCUGCGGGAGGAGGGAGUGAUAAACAGUCCAACAUGCGAGGCUCCAAAGCGACAGAUGAAACCACGAAACCAUCCCAAAGCACACGUGAUCACAGCCCGGUGAGACCUCCACCUGGUGCUCCCAUGUUCACCCUGUACAUCUAUGCUGUGCUGGACAAAAAGUUCAGAUUCGACCAAAAGCAUGACACGCUUCUUCUGUGUUAUCAUGGAGGGUACUUACCCUUUGAGUUGAAGCAUUUCGUUGGACUAAAAGAGCGAGGAUAUCUGAUAGAGGCAAGUCUUUCCGUUGAAGAAAGCACACUGCAGAGGGGCGGGUGGUGGACUUACUGGUAUGGUGUCAAACAACGACACAAAGAAAUUUCAAGCAUUGCCUCAAGAUCUGCUCAAAUUCCAUUUGAUCCCAACAUUAAAGAGUUGCACCUUUAUGAAGGCUUCAUUAGUCGCCUGGAGGCUGGUUCCGCAAUGCAAAUUAUAUUAGAAACCGGCCGUCAAAUAUUUGGCAUGAAUCGAUCGAAAGGUGUGGAGGUGUCAGACGCCUGGCAGGCCUCAGCGAUCGACCUGCUGCACAGAAUCUUCCAGAGAUGGUCUCCAGCAGACAAACAGAGCACUCAGAGCCUGUGUGGAAACUUGCAGGAUUUCAUGAAUAGCCUCGGUUCUGCACAUACAAGAGUGACAUUCCCAGACAACUCCCGACCUCCUGGGAUCCAGAUGUCAGAGCUGAUUUCAGAGACUUUUGUUCACAUCUUAAGAGGAGAGCUAAAGGAGAAAUUCCCCAGCAUCUGGGGGAGCGCCAGUCCUCUUCUUCUGGGCCUGUCUGUUUUCACGGUUACCAGACACUGUAAAAUCAACCUUGGAGUGAAAGGCUGGGCUGAGCUGUGUCAUCGAGUGUCCUCAGAGGCUGCGAUGGACAAGAAAAACCUGGACGAGGUCCUCUGUUCUUUCCCACAUGCACCAUAUGUUGUGCUGGGUUUGAUGAACCACUGUGCACAGCAGUCGGUGUCGGAGCUCGUCCUGCUCGUUCCUCUGCUCUUCAGACUCAGACACUCAGGAGCUGACGCCACAAAAGUUGGUCCGACGGUCGAGGAAAAGAACUGGUCAGGACUUGAAAAUGUCAAUUUCAGCAGGUUCAGGGAGAAUAUACAGUUCCACUCUGACAAAAGAACGAGAACUCUGGAUUUGAUCCAGGCACGCUUGUCCAUGGCCAAAGAGAAUCCUCUGCUGCUGAUUGGCUGGUUGUCUCUGGUCGCAUUCGAGGAUCUUCCUGAAUUUUCAGAGCGGACAGAAAUCCCUGCAGAACACCUGAUCCAGAGUCUGAUGUACAGACUGCGAAAAUAUGGAGAGCCAAUGGAUUACAGCAGAGCACAGGAGAAUGUAAAGCACAUUCAGAAAACUUUGACUCAUAUACUGCAGAAGGUCGACAAAGAGCAGGACAGACUGGUUGGAUCUGGGAACAUCAAACCAGCCUUCCUGAGCAGCAUCAGUGUGAUGAAGUCCACAUGUGGGAUUGUGCGACUCGUCUCCUGGUACCAAACUGCGGUCCUGUCCUAUCAGCUCGUGCUCAGACUGGCGGAGAUUCUGAAUGCUGAACCGAAAAACGAGUCUUCGCCAGAGGAGGAGAAAACCUUAAAGGAUCAUCUACAUGGCGUGCAGGAGCAGAUCAGUGUGUGGAGAGAGAACCUGCUGGAAAAACCUCUUGUGACAUCGAAACAACUCAACUACUCAAAGGAAAUUGAGAUGUGGGAUGCGCUGCUCAAAGUCGAGUGCUCUCUUGAAGAAGUUUCAUCCACAUGGAGUGUGAGCCUGAAAAAAGACCUGAAGAAGAGGAUUUCCAAGACAAGUGAGGAGGAUAAAGUUCUGGUCUGCUGUCUCGACGUUACCUCGGCGGCAAUAAGGAAAAGCCACGAGGUGGUACAGAGCUGUUUUGAUGAGCUGUGUCAGGCUGCUGUCAAGACAAUCUGCCAGAGCGGGCAGGAGGGAGACCUGAUGAGGAGUCUCAGGUCUAAGGUGAAGGACCUCCCUGAAGCCGUCACAUCUGCUGUUGUGGUUGAGUCAGCAGCACGAUUCAGAGACGACCCUGUAGUCCAGCUGCUCGAUCCACAGUCCGCCAUAAACCAGCUGCUGUCUCACGGUGACUGGAAGUCCAUCCGGAUGGAUGACACCGCAGCGCAGGUUGUCCACAGCUGCCUGGCUGCGCUGCAUUCUCUGGUGGAGUCUCUGCUUCAAGGACACGUGCCCCUGGGACACCUACAGAGCUGCCUGCGCUAUAGAGAGCAGUUUAAGAGACUUCACCUGCAGUACAAGAGAAAGAACAAAUCUGAAGCCGUUCCUGUCGAUGCCGAUGUGGUUCUGGCUCAGAGAGAGAAAGAUUUCAACUCCUUCGAGUUGCGGAGAGAGAAGAUGGAUACGCUGAUAAAGAUGAUAGGAAAGGUUACAGAGAGCGUCACGGUUCCUGAGAUGUCGACUCUCGAGGAGCAGCACAGUGCAGAUCUGAAGACUGUUGGCCUCAACAAACUGGUGCAGGUUGAGACCAUUGUUGCUGAUUGGAAGUUGGGAAGGAUGGACCCUGCUCAGGUCCUCUGGUAUAAAGCCAGUAUGAAUGUCCUGAAAAUGUCCGACCAGAUGCACAAACUGCAUCACAGCAGCCUGAUUCUGUCCUCCUGGGUCGAGCGGGCUGCGCUUUUGGCGUCUACGAGGCACCCCUGCCCAGCUCCUGUCCCCGUCAGCCUGAAUCAGAUCUGCGAAAACAUCUGGAAUCCACUGCUGGCAGAGUUCUUGCAGCUCGGUGUCAGCAUAGAGAACGCAAGCAUCACUUUCAAGCAGCUCGAUCAGGUUUUGGUGGAGAUUGGUGACCAGGGAGACGGGAAGCUAAUAGAGAAGGAGCUGAGUCUGAUGUCAGAGGUGCUGCGUGAAUCGGGAAUCAGAUCUGAGGAGAACUGGGUGGAUCUCAGACUCAGUCAUAUCCAGGAUUAUCGGCAGCUCCACGAGGCGGCGGCUGCAGCCGGUGCGAUGCUGAAAAUUGCUGAAAAAAUGAAACUUUCUGGGAACUUCACAGAAAUCGACACUCUCAGCCAACUGGAAGACGACACAUUUAAGCAGAGGGCUCUGGGCUCCCUCACUGUCGACCUGUUUCAUGCCAGUCAGCAGCUCUCCAGAGUCACCAAGCAGCACACGGCCUGUCUGGAAGAGUUUCUAGCGAGCCAAACUCUGGUCACCUGGGUCAAAGAGAACCUUAAAGAUAUGAGUGAUGUGAAGGUCUAUGUUGACCUGGCGUCCAUAUCUGCUGGAGAGAAUGACACAGAGAUCGACCAGGUGGCCUGUUUCCAUGAUGCAGUGAUGGGUUACGCCCCUCUGCUCUACUCCCUCUCCCCUCGAGCUGGAUUUAAGGAUUUCAUGAAGUGUGCUCUGUCGGUGUGGGAAACCCAGAACAGAGACGAGAAGCUACCAGACAAACUGAGGGAGUCCACUCGAUUGCUGAGCUGGCUGAAAACACUGAAGGAGACUCACGGCUCUGUGGAGCAGUCCUCUCUCUCUUUGGCUUCUUCUAUUAAUGCUGACGGAGUUUACCACAUAGGAUGGUCUGAUGUAAACACAGAGAAGAGAUGUCUACAAAACAUGGUCCACGUCACAGUGAGGAAGGACAGAAGGGAGAAGAGCUACAAGCUUGAAGACCUUCUGGAGUUACAGAACAAACUGAUGCUCAUGUCAUCCAAAGGGGAGCACGGGCGAGAACAAGUCAACAGGUUCACAGAGGUUUUUGAAGGAGUUCAGCGACUGGGCACCAUCCUUCUUCAGAUGCAAACAUCUGGAAACAUGCUUUUCAGGGAAUGGCGUGCUGAGGUCGAGUGCUGCCCACAGCAGCAGCCGUGCAUUAAAGUCACCUUCGUAUCCCUGAUGGGUAAAGAGAUGGUGUACUGCGGGGAGGUGACUGAGCAGCUACAGAAGCUGGCUCAGUCCAUGGAGAGCUGCCAGAACGAGUGGCGCUCCUUCAUCAGCAACAUGCGCUCCAGCUUCAGCCUGCUGAACUACUACACCUCAGAGCAGAUCGUGUACCUAUGCCACUGGAUACACAAAGUGUGUCAACGGCAGGCAUCAGUUCCUCCACAGCUAUGGCAUUUACUGUUUCCCAUAAAGCCUCAGUGUACUCUAACUGAUGUCAGAGUCGCUUUCACUAAUGCAGCAAGUAUGGCCUCACAGCAUGAUGGAUUGGAAAUGGAGCCUGACGAUGAAGAUCAGUAUUACACACCAGCUUCACCAGGUCACUCUGAAGAGGACACGGAAGAGGCUCAUGAUUUGAUGGAGUUUUCAGAUGACGAAGAUGAAGAUGAUGCCGUCAGGAGGUUUGAUGAGGACAGUCUUGAAAAACUCUGGCGUAAAUUCAAGGAUGACAUGUCACAGUAUCUCAGCGAGUACUUGGACAUUUCAUCUUUGGCCCUCUUCCUCUCGUGCCUCUCGGAAAUGAACCCGCAACAGAUAACCAGGAACCUUCCGCCGGUUCUCCAUGAAGGAAAGCCCAAUCUUGUGAUUUGUCCCAGUGCAGAAGUUUUUACCACCAUCCUGUCUUUUUACAUCCAAAGUCCGGAGCAGCCUCUGCCAUCUACAGAUGAGGUUCUAGUCUGCAGAGAAGAAACCACAGAGGAGCAGGUGGAGAUCUUUCUCCGCCGAGCUCUUGGCCAAGGCUCCCGACAAAACUGGCACAAGAUUUACUCUCUUGUCAAUCCAGGGUUGCUGGGAUAUGACGUCAGUGUGGCCUUGGGGGAGCUCUUUGAGGGUCUUCAGAGAAGUGCCAGUCCGCAAUACCGUUUGGUAAUAGUCAGCCCGGUUGUGCACCAGCACAGAUAUGUGCCCUCUUUCUUCAGCAAUGACAAAGUACAGGCUGGUGUGAGUCUAACAGCGGAGACUGCCAGGAAAUAUCUACGUCACCACUUCACACAAAACAGCCUCCUGCAAAACCCUGUCACACUGGUUUCUCCUGAUCAUCUCUCAGUCUGGAUGGUGUCAUCAGUACGCCCUGCAGUUGGGAAAUCCCUUUAUGUGGAUCGAUUGUUUGAGAAGUUUCAGCAGAAAUCUCCCAGAGCAGAACAUGUUAGGAUCAGACUGAUUGAGCCAUGCGUUGACAUAGACUCCUUGAUAAAGAGUCUAUCAGAAAAACUGGCACCCUUGAGAGACCAGGACCCCGUUCUCCUGCACAUCGACACCGCUGGAGUGCGUUCAGGUCUGGAAGAGCUCCUGUUCCAUCUGUUAGUUCUGGGCUGUUUGAGUGACAGCCAUGGCAUGCUGUGGCGAAGAAAUGUAGCUCACUUGAUCACUGUGGAGGUCUUGAGAACAAACACAGCACCUCAAAACCGGCCAAAACAGAUGAAGCUUGGACUUCUUGACAUUCUGCCUACCAUCCAUUGUAGACCUCCAAAAGAGGUGAUGCAGUUGUUGGUCAGUAGAGGGGUGGCGACAAAAAAGACAGUUGAUCCGCUCAUGGAUGAGCAGGAGUUUUGCAGCGAGGGGAUUCAAAGGCCGUAUCAGUACUUAAAGAAGUACAGGAAGAAUGAAAAUCUGGAUCGUUUUAACUACCAGGAAGGAUCGAGAGAGGGCAGUCCCACUGACUGUGUCCAUCAUUUUCUGUUAUACUGUGGAAUGCAAGAUCCAUCCUGGGCAGAGCUGAAGAACUUCUCCUGGUUCCUCAAUGUGCAGCUGAAAGACUGUGAGAACUCAGUUUUCUGUGAUCCAGAUUUUCUGGCUGACCAGCUGCCUGGUUUCAAAGGCUUCAUUGUGAAGUUCAUGAUUCUAAUGGCAAGAGAUUUUGCCUCGCCAUCUCUGAACACGUCUGAUGAAAGUCCCAUGCUGCACGUUGAUAACAGUCUGGAGGAUGACCUUCUUGCCCGUCUGACAAUUCGGAAGCAUUGGGAGAAUGAGUCUCAUCCAUACAUCUUCUUUAAUGCAGACAGAUCCUCAAUGUCUUUCCUCGGCUUUAAUGUAAGGAUGGUUUUGGGGCGAAACACACUCAGCGCAGUUGAUCCUCAGAGCAACAAGGUCCUGAUAGAAGAUGUGAUGUCAGUGCAACUUUUGGAAGGUUUGGAACGGCAGGGAAUCUGUCUCACUGAAAAAUUUGAUCAGUUGCCCCGGCCAGAAAAAAUCAGAAGGAUUUCAUGUGUUGUUGGUGCAAAGAAAGGGAUGGUGGUUGGAAGAUUUGAUCCAGACCCAACGUAUGAGCUCACUGCUGACAAUGUGAUGAAGAUGUUGGCCAUACACAUGAGAUUCCGGUGUGAAAUUCCAGUUGUGAUCAUGGGAGAGACGGGCUGUGGAAAAACCAGAUUAGUCCGUUUCCUUUGUGCCCUCCAGAGGGAGGAAAGACCAGUAGAGAACAUGGUACUUGUCAAGGUACAUGGUGGAACUACAGCUGAGAUGAUCUACAGAAAGGUGAGGGAGGCAGAGAUACUCGCUGAGAAGAACCACAAAAUCCAUAAGCUGGACACCAUUUUGUUCUUUGAUGAAGCCAACACCACAGAGGCCAUUUUUGCCAUCAAGGAAGUCCUGUGUGACAAAUCAGUGAAAGGGAAACCUCUGAAGCCAGGCAGUGGCUUAAAAAUAAUAGCUGCUUGCAAUCCUUACAGGAAGCACUCACCUGAGAUGGUGGAACGUUUGGAACGUGCAGGUUUAGGGUACAGGGUGAAGGCAGAUCAAACAGAAGACCGUCUGGGCAAAGUCCCACUGAGGCAGCUGGUGUACAGAGUUCAUCCCCUGCCUCCAAGCAUGGCUUCUUUGGUUUGGGAUUUUGGUCAGUUGAGUGAUUCAACAGAGCUUUCCUACAUCAAACAAAUUGUCCAGAAGAAUGUUCACGACCAUCGUUUGCCAGUGGUCUGCAAGGACAUCAUCUCAAACGUGCUGGGAGCCUCCCAGAAAUAUAUGCGGAGUUGCAAAAAUGAGUGCAGUUUUGUGAGUCUCAGAGAUGUGGAGAGGUCGAUGAAAGUGCUAGUUUGGUUUUACCAGCAUAGCGAGGUCCUUUUCAACAACUGCUCUCAACUCAAUGAGGCUCAUAAAACACUGAAGUGCUUGAUUCUUUCAGUUGGAGUCUGCUACUAUCCAUCUCUGGUGGACAAAGAGAAGUACCUCUCUGUGAUCUGUAAGUGCUUUCCAGAACCUCUAUGCUCUUCAGCAGCAUUGCAGGAAGAAAUCUCAUCCUGUCAAGACAUCUUCCUUAAAAACAUACAGACAAGAGAGACCAUAGCCAAAAAUGUCGCACUCAAAGAGAAUGUGUUUCUCAUGGUGGUUUGCAUUGAGCUCAGGAUCCCACUCUUUCUGGUUGGCAAGCCAGGCAGCUCAAAGUCUCUUGCUAAAACAGUGGUUGCUGAUGCCAUGCAGGGCCAGAACUCCCACUGUGGCCUAUUCAAGAAACUCAAGCAAGUUCAUAUGGUCUCCUUUCAGUGUAGUCCUCACUCAAGUCCUGAGGGCAUCAUAGGGACAUUCAGGAACUGCGCCCGCUUCCAGAAGGACAAAAACAUGGAUGAGUAUGUUUCAGUGGUGGUGCUUGAUGAGAUAGGACUCGCAGAAGAUUCUCCUCAAAUGCCCCUGAAGACCCUCCAUCCUCUCCUAGAAGAUGGUUGCAUUGACAAUGACAAGCCAGAUCCACACAUGAAGGUUGGCUUUGUGGGCAUUUCCAACUGGGCUCUUGACCCAGCAAAGAUGAACAGAGGAAUAUUUGUGUCCAGAUGGGAUCCAAGUGAAGACGAGCUUGUGGAAACUGCCAAGGGAAUUUGUUCAUCCUCCAACCAAAUUCUCCUGAAAAUCAAACACCUCUUCCCAUCUUUGGCAAAGGCCUUCUUGAGCGUCUGUCAAGAGACCUCAAAAAAUCAAUUCUUUGGGCUAAGGGAUUACUAUAGCCUAGUCAAAAUGCUUUUUGCCGCAGUCAAAUCCACCCAACAAGAACCAGAUGGCGGACAAUUGGUGGAGGCUAUCUUGCGUAACUUCAGUGGACAGCCAGAGGGUUUUGACCCAGUAAUAUUUUUCCAAGAGGUUCUCCAAAACUUGAUGGAAAUUCCAAGACCAAACACCUUGCAAAUGGUGAAAAAGAAUCUUGAUUAUGAAAGCAACCAGGAGAGCCGUUACCUCCUUUUGCUGACCACCAACAAUGCAGCACUUCAUAUCCUGCAACAACAAGUCUUUGCCAAAGGAGACUAUCCACCACCUGAAAUUGUCUUUGGCUCAGGAUUCCCAAAGGACCAGGAAUAUGCCCAAAUCUGCCGCAAUGUUAACCGUGUGAAAACAUGCAUGGAGACCGGACGCACUGUCAUCCUCCUCAACAUGCAAAAUCUUUAUGAAAGCCUGUACGAUGCUUUGAACCAGUACUAUGUUUACCUCAGUAAGCAGCAAUACGUUGAUCUUGGUCUCGGCUCUCACAGAGUCAAAUGUCGUGUCCACACAAACUUCAGACUGGUGGUAGUGGAGGACCAGAAGAAAGUCUAUGAGCACUUUCCCAUGCCCCUCAUCAACAGGCUUGAAAAACACAGGGUUGAUAGGAGUACCGAUCUCGAACCAUGGCAACACAGGGUUCUCCACAAACUAAAGGAGUGGGUGAAGGAAUUCUCAGGUGAGGCCUCAGAGGAUUUCAAGUUGUCUGACAUUUUUGUUGGCUACCAUGGUGAUGCCUGUGCCAGUGCUCUCUUGCAAGCGCUAGAAAGCCGAGCACAAAAAGCUGCACAGAGUGCAGUAGGACAACACCAACAGAAGGAAAAUGAUGACUUACUUGAAGAAGAUGAACCAAAUGAAACAACUGAAUCAAAUCCAAAUGAACUGAAAGAGGUCACUGAUAAGGAGGACGAUCAGUUGGGUGAACUGAUGGACGUAGAGAUUGCUGAAAAAGAGGGAGCAACUGAGUCCAUGGAAAUGAACAAUGAUGAAUCCACUGAGGUAUGUGAUGACAGGAACAAAGUGAUCUCUGAGGGCGAAGAAAUGAUGAUCACAGAAAAUGAAGUGGGAUCUGCUGGGGAAAACGUGGAAGAAGAAGUCUUCGAUAUAGCUAAAUGUCUCUUGUUGAACUGCUCCACCCCGGACGCAGUGGUCAGGCUCAAGUAUUCAGAUUUAGCACACCAGGACAAGGAGAAACUCCAGAGAAUGUACUUCCAGCAACAGCAUCACCACUCCCUCCGAGACUUCCUGGAAGAUUGCCUGAACAAGCAUCAGAGGUCCAGCAAGUUUCUAGAGAUAACUACAUUCUCCAGCUUGUUAACCAGAUCAGAUGUCAAGGUUGUAGCCCAUGCUUUAGGACUGCAUACGGACAAGAUCCUCCUGCUCUCACUCCACCAGUUUGACACCGAGGUCUCCUUCUGCAACAAGAUACGGGGCUUCCUUCAAGAUGCCAGUCACUCUCUCCACAUCCUGUUAAUCCAGAUGGACCUCGAGGAAUCCCACUGCAGUGAUGAACUGAUAGCAUCAGCAAAGUACUGCACCAUGAAUUACUUGAUGUCACUGGAGGAUCAGACCUGUUGGGUGAUUUUCGUUGUGAAGGUUUCUCGGAUCCAAAGUCAAUCUCAGUACAUCGGUUUCCAAGGAGGAGUCUGGCACUCGGUGCAUAUUGAUGACCUGAGGGAUUCAGAGGACAUGAGCCUGAACCUGUUUGGUUUCUGUGGGACUCUCAUUAGCAGCCUACUCAACCCCGCUUCACCAGAACACCAUGAAGAUGAAGAAACAAUGAGGAAAAGGAAAGAGUCUCAGGUAGAUCGAGCUCACCUCCACAGCCUAUCCUUAGUGAGAUCAUGUCUCCAAAAAGCUGUGGGUCUGCUGAGGGACUCUAGUGACGUGACAUCCCGAAGCAUGCAGCGGAUACACAUCCUCCUGGCUCUUCUAGGAACUGAUCGAGGGCAUAUAGGAGCUCGCUUUCAGGACGUGUUGUUAAGCAGACUGGCAGACGCUUUGGCACAGAGAGAAGAAACGAUGGGCUGUCCGAAGGAGUGGGUGAGCAGAGAAGCCAAGAAACGGCAGGCUCUGCAGGAGGGGGGAACUCUGAGACACACCCUGUGGCGCUGUCUUCAGUCCACCGUGACUCCAACCUUGGCUGGCAUGUUGGAAGUCAUGGACAGGUAUGCAAAUCUGGACCUGCUCUCUGAUGGCAGGCUCGGCAAGGGCCUGGUGAAGCUGUGGUUGGACAUCCUGGCAGAUUCACAGAUUUUAGACCUAACACCUCUCCAAAAGCCAAGUGAGUCAGACCAGGAGGUGCUCGUACAUCACUACUUCAUGCUGGAUGGGGAAGAACAACCCUGUGCUGCUGCGUUCAGCUGGCUCGUCAGGAGGCACCUUGAAAGUCUUUGGGAAGAAUCAGAGUUUAUUCCAGUAACAAAAGAGGGUGGCACAGAGAGGAUCCUCCAGUUUGUGAGCACCUUCAACGACAGCAGGCUGGGCAGCCACCUGCAGAAACUCUCGGAUGAGGAGAGAUUGGAGUAUGGCCACCACUACCUACAAGACUUUCUGCUGCUUUCGUUGAAGAUCAAGUCCAAGGACGAGCGCAGGGUGCUCACCAGGGCCAUGUUGGGCUGCGUGUCUGAGCUUCAGGCGUCCAUGGGUGCCGUCAGCGACCUCUCUCCAGCUUGGAUAACGGCUGCUGCCAAACAUUUUGCCCUCAGACUGGACACUCUCUGCCACAUAUUCCUGCUGCAGCCCGAGCUGGCCACUGAUGUCUUUCAGCAGGGGUCAAAGAGGGAAGCCCAAGAAAUGGUGGAGGACAUUUUAGCGCUCGGCGUCUGUGUUGAGCAGACCAAACUCCUGACUGUGACGUCGCGGCAAGAGUGCGAGUCCUUUGUGAGCAGAGUGGAGUUUCUGCAGCCGUGUCUGGAUCGGGUGUUUGGUCAGAAAUACAGAACCCUCUGUGGCCCCAUCUCUCUGCAACAUCUGGACUCCAUCAGGUCACUGUGGCAUGGGAUGCUGGUUGUUGCCUCUUUCAUCCAGCACGUCAUGUUUAAACAGAAUGAGCCAAAAUUGAAAGAACUGUCUCUGAAACACUGCAACCUUCACCUGAGUCUGAUGCAGGAGUCACCUGAUCUAAGGAACGUGGACACGCUGCAGCAGCUGAUCCGGAUCCUCAAUUCUUUUCAUGAUGAGUGCAUCAGCAGGGAUCUGAGGUUCGGCUUCUCUUGCCCGAUUUGCUUCGUGGAGCUCACCGAGCCGUCCGUCCUGCCCUGCCAGCACAUCUUCUGUUUGCCGUGUCUCCAACGCAGCGUUCAGUCCUGUAGACGUUGCCCCGUAUGCAGGAACGACCUGCCACCCAACUUCAAGCCGACUGUUUCUCACGCCAUCAAGGAAGCCCUUCAGCAGCAGGCAGCAGUCAGGCUCUGCUGUAACUCCUUCUUCCUGGACGUGGUGUCCAGGUUCUGUCUGUCCGAGGGGCAGAGGCCUGGACAGGGAGUGGUGGAGCUGCUCUUCUCUUUACUCGUCUCCGCUCAAGGCGACGUGUACAGGACCAGACAGCUCACUCCCUUCCUGGACUGUGUGGAUAACAGUCCAGUGGUGCGAUCUGUGCUGCCCAAACUGCUGCUGCAGUACAGUUUCGACCAGGUGAAGGCUCACAUUCAGGAAUACCUCACUAAUCUGGCAGAGCAUCUCCUUCCCAGAGAAGAUCGUACUGAACUCUACCUGCUGUUUGUCAACUGCUUCCAGGACUCUCUGUUGUGCUCAGAAGCGAGAGCAGUUGAACAGAGUGAAGAACAGCAAAGGCAAGCAGAGAUCACAUUCCUGAGCCGGGUGGCCAGGAAACAGACUGCAGACAGACAACAAGACCCGGCAGAGUUCCUGCUCAACAUCGCCAGGCUGAGAAUAUGCCUGAGCACUGCUGCCCGGCUGCUGGUGAAAGCUGCAGCCCACGGCGGAGGCGGAGGGGUGGAGGCUCAGUACCUGCAGCAGGUGAGGGCGGUGUGUGAGUACUGUGGUAACGACUGGCACAGGGUUUACCUGCUACGAGCCCUCAACAGACUCUCCGGUGUGGACUGCAUACUGUCCCUGAUGAACAAUCCGGCCCGGAGAUGGGUCUUCCCCGAAGAUGUCCUUCGACUUCAGCGGAUGAUUCCAACCAAUGUGGACCACUUCCUGUGCUGUGGGCCGCCGUACCGAGCUGUGAGAGACGCCGUGGCCGUGGUUCUGCUGGAAAACAGAUCCGACACCUUCGUGACAGAAAUCAAGAAGCUGAGAGCUUCUCGGCUCAGCCUCGUGGCCCUGGCCCUCUUCAGACAGUUCACCUGCCGCUACAAGUCACCUGACCUCAGCCUUCGUCCCUCCCCGCAGGAGACGGCGAGACUGCAAGAAGUCCUGAAAAACGUCAAGCCAAAGGAGUUCAAGGAUUUCUGCAGCACGCUCGUGUCAAAUCACAUCGGUGGUCCACGCUCAGACCUCCACAUCAGCAUGAACCUUCCGCCUCAGAGACAAACCCUCCUGGAGCUGCUGGUCCAUCUGGACUCUGUGCUCCUCAGUGGAAAUCCUCUGCUGGUUCCUCUCCACCAGAUAGCCUUCCAGCCUCAGAAUGCCACAGACUCUUUCCUGCCAACCAUGCCUGAUGAUCACACAAGUGAAGCCAGACAGUGGCUGAGUAAAGAUAGGAGAGUGCAGAUGUACUAUUGUGCCAACGGACAUCCAUGCUUUGUUGGAGAGUGUGGCAGACCGACAGUUAUAUCAACAUGUCCAGACUGUGGAAUUCCAAUUGGUGGCCAGAAGUACAACCCAGUCGAUGGAUUCACUCAACACACAGGACCAAGCGUCAGAGAUCGAACUCGGACCGGACACGUCUUAGGAGAGGCUCGUCAGAGGUCUGAAGCUCCUGAACGACAGAUGACGUACGCUCAGUCCUGCGUCCUGCGGCUCUUUACGCACCUCGCCAUGCUUCAGGGCGCCAUAAGAAAUCAGAGAGGAGUUUGUGACAUGAUCCACCCCGGGACCCGUGAUGUGUUCAACUUCCUGUGGAACCACCUGGACCAGGACCUGCGUGUGCUGGGGAAGACGCUGGAUCAGAACAUGGACAACACGGCGGUUACAGUUCAUUUGAUUCUCACAACCUGCACAGAGCCCGCUGCAGGUUCCCGCGGCGCAGCAGGACAGGAUCUGUCCUCCAGACAAGCACGGCAAGCGUGGGAGAAGCUUGUGUGUGAUUCUGCCAUCAACCCAGUGCUUCAAGAUUUGCAGAGGAAACUCGCUGAAGCUCAGGACAGAAUCGCUGCAGAUGAUGGACUUUCAGGAGGUCCCCUGAUGACUCUCCUCUUCAAGGAUCCUGGGAAAAUGUUGUCCCUCCCUUCUGACUGUCCGACACAAUGCUCCUCUUUCUGGACUCUUCCCGAGACGAUGACAGUGGAGCGCUUCACUCAGAUGGUGGGAGAAUCGCAGCAGCGCAGCUCCUUAACUCUGCUGAUAAUGUUCCUCGAUAAGAUACACUGCGUGAGGCAGUUACAUCACCUGCCCGAGCUGGCUGCUUUGCAGUCAGACCUGCUGAAGGUGUUUCCUCUGGCGCCAGACUCCACGGCGCAGAGUAUUGCACACAUGUUGCAGCAGAUACCAGCAGGAUACCAGAAGAAGAUUCUGCUGGAGAGAGUGGACAGAUUCAUCAAGGUGUGGAACUGCCUCAGAGCCGAGGUGGCAAACAACUCAGCAGACUUGGGUGUGGAUGUGAACUUGUGCGAGAAGGAGGUGACGACCGAGAGUUCUGGAGAGUUUCUGACACCGUCUCGACGUGGACCGGGCUCGUGUCUGCGAACUCUGGUCGACCUCCUGUUGAAGACUCACAACAGCCUGGUGACGGAGGCCAGGACAGCCAGUGGCCAAGAGGACAGUGAAUACAUUGUUCCUUUAGAGAGGAUAUCAGAAACCCAGCUGACCCUGUGUCACCCAGAGCGAGAGCUGCUUCCUCUGGUGUUAGCCCACUGCCACUACACCUUGAAGAAAGGUGGUGAGACCGGCAGCAACUAUGACCUGCCCGGCAUUCAAGGCCAGCUGAUCCGUCGCUUCCUGGCUGGAAAACCACGUAUCCAAGCGGACACCUCGAGGUUCCUGAACAGACACCUGCAGGAUUUCUCUGUGGUUCUAACAGAGGUCAGAGGAAAGAUUCGCCAGGAACCUCUGAAGGGUUCUGUGUGCAACGCCGUGAGAAUGAUGCUGCGCUCGUACACAGACGUUUGUGACGCCGUGUUCGUGGUGGAGAUCGGCCUUCGCUUUCUUGGCAAGACGGGCGGAGACCCCCAAGGUCAACUUUUGUCCUACCUCACUGAUUCGCUGCAGAUGAAGACGCAGAUUUCCAGCUCUGUAGCCAAGAGUCUUGAAGAGAGCAGACUGGAACACAGCAUAUCCACCUGGCAGCUCUUGACUUGUUGGAAAUCUGAGUUUAUGCUGAGCAGAAAGCAAGACCCGUUCCAGAGGCUGCCCUCACAGUUCCAGCAGAAGCUGUCAGACGAGGAGAGGAAAGGGCUGAAGGGUUUCCUCGCUGUCACGGAUGUUGACGCUUUCUCUUUGGAGCUGCAUGAAAUUCUGCUGCUGAAGACGAGCAACGCCGUGCCUGACGAGGCUUACAAACCACAGUGGGACAUCAGGUACACCGUAGAGCUCCAUUUGGAGGAGAAAGACCUUCCACCUCUGCUGGGACUCCAGUCUCUAUCGGAGGACAUCACCCUGGGAAAAGGGGCCGACGUGUGGAGGGCGGCUGUGGAGUUUAAAAGAAGAUGAAUGCUGAAUUAUUUCUGAUUCCUCUUGUUGAUAUAUCGAUUAUGGUGGACUGUCUAUGAUUACAUUUGAUUUCUGUGAUGUAAAUAUUACGAAUGAAAGUUGUAUAAAUGCAUUUGUUUGUAUUAAUUAUGUUUCCUCUGUUAAUGAGGUGCCAUGGAACAAUUAAUAAAUCACUCAUGCAUAAAUUAAACAUUGUUUUUUUGUCAUAGAACAGUUAAUAAAUCACUCAUGCAUAAAUUAAACAUUAUUUUUUGACCAUAGAACAGUUAAUAAAUGACUCAUGCAUAAAUUAAACAUUGUUUUUUGUCAUAGAACAGUUAAUAAAUGACUCAUGCAUAAAUUAAACAUUAUUUUUUGACCAUAGAACAGUUAAUAAAUGACUCAUGCAUAAAUGAAACAUUGUUUUUUUGCCAUAGAACAGUUAAUAAAUGACUUAUGCAUAAAUUAAACAUUGUUUUUUUUGCCAUAGAACAGUUAAUAAAUGACUUAUACAUAAAUUAAACAUUAUUUUUUGACCAU